AUGCUGCUAAGGUUAGGAUUUCUGGUAUUCUGCUCAAUAUUUGAGAAGAUUGUGGCACAAACAAAAGUGAUCAACUACAUUGAUAAUUCAAUUAUUGGUACACCAAAAGUAAUAUGUGCCGAGAACGACUUGGCCCUGGACAUCGUUACCUCGAAGCCAUUCCGCGGGAAUAUAUUCGUCAAAGGACGAGCCAAAGAUAAGUCGUGUCGGCAGAGCUACGCGAACAAUGGAACCAAUUCCUACUCUCUUCCACUGGGAAAAUGUGGAAUGCAACGGUUGAGAUCGGCAAACCCACGAGGUGUCAAUUUCAUGGUUACUGUAAUCGUCUCCUUCCAUCCAGCUGGAUUCAUCACAAAGAACGAUCGGGCUUUCCACGUGAAGUGCUUCUACAUGGAGCCAGAUGAGAUUGUAACUCAGAAUAUCGAUGUCAGUAUGAUCCCAACCACAGAACUCUCUGAUAGUAUGGUAAUGCCAAAAUGCGAGUAUUCCGUUCGUCGUGAUGGUCCAAACGGUCCCACUCUAACCUACGCAAACGUCGGAGACAUCGUAUUCCACGUAUGGGAAUGUACACCAGCUGACAUGGGAAUGCUCGUCAAAAAGUGUUUCGUUACCGAUGGCGAUGGUGAAGAUCAUGCUGUGGUUGAUUUCGAUGGAUGUGCCACUGAUCCGUUUUUGCUCAGCGAGCUCUCUUAUGAUGCGUCUUUGAUGAGAGCACAUGCAUCCAGUCAGGUCUUCAAGUAUGCUGACUCCAAUCAGCUAUACUUCACAUGUCAAAUUCGUUUGUGUCAGAAGCAGAUGGGAAUGUGCCAAGAGGUUACGCCACCAAGUUGUGGAGUGAAAAAGUUGGAAGACGAAGCAAACGCUGGAAACCGAACGAAAAGAGAAAUCGAGAAGAAUGACUACGAGAUCGACGUGGCAACAUCAGAGCUUCUAGUCCUCGACCCUGCUGAUCGAGGUCUUCUUGCACCGUCUCCAUUCUGUGUCCCACGUCUUCUUCUCCCGGUUCUUCCCCUUCUUCUCAUCACAAUCGUCUCAUUAACUGUUGUCUCCACGGCUCUAGUCAUUCGUCGGCAGAAUCACAAGAAAGAGUUGGACGUUUUACAGUCCAGCAGAUAUUACUAA